CUCAAAUGUAAAUACGCGCUUUGAGUAUACAUUUUUCCAAAUUACUAAAGUCGAGUGAAUCUUCAAGUAGUUAUUCAAUGCAUAAAGAUGCUUUUUAUUUCAAUAUUUUGCCUUCGAAUAAGUUGAAUUUUUCGUAAUUAAAAAGAGCAAAGAGAAAUCAUUUCUCCAAUAUCAAAUUUUCAUACAUAUAUGUAUAUUUAUAGAGAUUGUAUGUAAACGUACAUAUGUUUGUUUGUAAUAUUGUUGCUCAACAUAAGAGGACAGUAGUAGUCAAGCGAAAAUAUAGCACGUAUUGUAACAAUAAUACUCCAAAAAUUGAAUAAUUUUUGAAAAAUCAGUGUUAAAAUGACGUACAAAAGAAAAAAAACUGUUCAGAGCAAUGGAAUGAAAAAAAGUAUGAAAACUAAAAGAAAAACAAAAGAUCUUGAUGAGAUCGACAAUGAUAUAAAAGAGGGAAAUGUUGGUAAAUUAUUAAAACAAGAGAUAGAUUUUGAUAAACCCGGUGCUGCACAACAUUACUGAACGCACACAAGGAGGUAUUUUAUUAAUCAAGAAGCAUUACAUAAUCAUUUUAAUACAAAAGUUCAUAAGCGAAGAUUGAAAGCUUUAGAGCUUGAACCCUACACUAUCGAAGACUGCUGACGGUGCAGGCAGGACGUGGAUUGGAUUCCACCAAAGAAAAGAAGAAUAGAGACUUUAAUACCUCCAACAACUGAAGAAAUAGAUAUAGAUAUUUCUUCGAAAUAG